AAACAUUUUUAAAAACCCACACACAGCACCUGCGCAACUUGCGUCCGGACCUCAGCCAGCCUCGCUCGUUCUGAACAGCAGGCCUUCUUACCCGGGUUUUGUGGGGAGUUCUCCUCCCCUGGCACUUCGUGUGCGAUUCACUGAAGAACGAGAAUGGGGGGUUCUGGGAGUUCUCUCCCUCCCUGACAUCACAAAGAACCAGUGAGUGGAGAGAACCUCAGGGGAGUCGGGCUGAAAUGUCACCUGGAAAACGUGCCUGACUCACCCCUCACGGCACAGGAAGUCACGGAGAGGACACGGAAGCAGGUGACUCAUCCCUGCCGGGACUGUGGGCCGCUGAUGGCAGGUGGACAUGCUGACGCCGUCCGAGCACAGUUCUAGGAAAUGACCAUCUAGGUCACCGCGUGUCAGCAUGGCGGCCGCAAACCUGGAGAACCAGCUGCAGAGCGCGCAGAAGAACCUGCUGUUCCUGCAGCGGGAGCACGCGGGCACGCUCAAGGGCCUGCACGCCGAGAUCCGGCGGCUGCAGCAGCACUGCACAGAUUUAACGUACGAGCUGACACUCAAAAGCUCAGAACAGACAGGGGGACGGACGCAGCAGCAGCGACCUGCAGAGACGCUGCGAGGACCUGGAGGCGCAGCUGAGGGCGAAGGAGCAGGAGCACGAGGAGCUGCUGCGCGAGCUGGAGCAGAGGAACGCGGCCAUCGCGGUGCUGGAGACCACCGUGCGGGAGCGGGAGAAGCGGUACCUGGAGGAGCUCAAGCUCAAGAGCCACAAGCUGAACAUGCUGUCGGGGGAGCUGGAGCAGCGCGCGGGCACCAUCGCCUACCUGACCGCGCAGCUGCACGCCACCCAGCGGAAGCUGCUCAGCUCCAGCGGGACCUCGGACGGCAGCCCCGGCGGCAGCCCCGUGCUGGCCGGCUACAGGCCCGCGCCCCCCAGGGACAAGCUGCCCGAGACGCCCCGCCGCCGCAUGAAAAAGAGCCUCUCCGCCCCCCUGCACCCCGAAUUCGACGAGGUCUACAGAUUUGGGGCCGAGAGCCGGAAACUCCUUUUGCGGGAACCGGUGGAUGCCAUGCCCGACCCCACCCCGUUCCUGCUGGCCAGGGAGUCGGCCGAAGUCCACCUCAUCAAGGAGAGGCCCCUGGUCAUCCCCCCCAUCGCUUCCGACCGCAGCUCCGGCGAGAAGCACAAGGUCCACGUGGGCGUGGCCCACCGCAUCCACCACGCGGUCCCGCCGCAGGCACAGCCUGAGGUGGAGACGCUGGCGGUGGACCAGGUGCGCGGGGGCGCGGGCGUCAGGAAGAACUCGGGGACGGACAGAACUGUGUGAGGCUGCCACGCCCGCCGCUGUCCACACUGUGAUCACCGCUGCGGAACGCCCACACGCCGUUUGUUUAGUUUCCAUGCAUGCCACACUCAGACCCGCCACCGUUCCCCUCCCACCCCCCGUCUCUCACCCACGUGCUCGUGUCCCGCUACAGCUCCUGUAGCAGCUGUGCCCCACGCCUGUGCCGCAUGGCCUGCUUCCCGCACACCCGUGUCCCGGCGCGUGGACAGCGGCCCGCAGGCUGCAUGCUGCUCAGUGUCAACGUGGUCAGAUAGCCACUCCCAUGGAGACCCCUCACCUCCUGACAGGCCUUUCCCGGCGGCCCCGGCGGCAGGUGUAUGUGUAUGUCACGGGAACUAAAUAAGAUGACGUUGCUUCUCAUAUCACCGCAACCUGAAUGUGUGUUCAUAUUUUUUGUUAAGUUUUAGCCGAAAUGUUCAAGAUCCCAACAAACUUUAUUUUCUAAACCUGC